AUGACCAACUCCUUCGUGUCCCUCUUGGAGCUGGACUCUGAGGACAACACGUGCAACUUCCGAGACUACUGCCAGAUGGCCGACUUGCAUGGCUUACGGGAAGCCAUAGCUAAUCAUAUUAAGGACAGCUACAACAGCUCGGUCCAAACCUAUAUGGAGGAGCACAACGUAGCAUCCUUGGUGGGCCUUAUCGUCCAUAAGUUGGCGAAAGCCCAGCCCGGCGAUCCUCUGGGGUAUAUAGUUGACUACUGUGUGAAGGAACAGAACAAUAGAGCCUCAAUGGGCUUAUCGGAAAAUGAACUGGUCCUGUUACUAGGAAGAGGCGAGCUCGACCAAGCCAAGACUGCCAUCAGAGAGGAGACCUGUCGCCUCACUGGUGUUGACGAGUAUAACCGCAAUCCAUUACAUUUAGCAGUCUUCAACUGUGAGACCGACGAAGGGCUCGAGGUGCUGACCAUGUUGUUGGCGAAGGGCUGCCCAGGUCUCAACGGCAAGGACAACGAAGCGUGGACUCCUCUGCAUUGGGCGUCAUUCGUUGGUAAUGAAGAAGCAGCGCAGUUACUGGUGGACUAUAAGGCUGACCUUAGCGUCGAGAAUAGCCUAGGAAGAACGCCGUAUCUCGUAGCCGCCGAUUGGGGAAAUGAUGCAAUCACGGAGCUCUUGGAUGAGGCCGAACGACGCAACGCGGAUCAAGCUAAGGAAAUGCUGAAGUCCUCUCGUCCCGGCAGCAAUGAACUCGGUAAGUUUGAGGCGGUCGUCAACGUCAAAAGUGCUUCCAGUGAAACGGCUUGCAAGCGACGAUCGGAUGCAGUCUUUGAGGAAGUUCACAUCCGCCUUGGGAGGGUCUAUAGAGUCGGUGACCUCACGGAGCAGGAGAAGGCCGUCUUGGCAAGCAAUGCCCCGCAUCACAUACCAAUCAGAGUGGUGGAGCAAGCCCGAUUCCUUUCUAACAACGUCAAGGACAGUCAUGCAGUUGUCACUCAAAGCUGGAUGGCGGAGUCUGGCACCAGCCAGCCGCCUUUCGUCGCUCCCAUGGGACAGAACGUCAUGGCCCCCAUACCUACAUUAAAUUGGCUGUGGAUCGGUAACCGGCGAGAUGCAAGUGACAAAGGCAGGCUGGUGGCUGCUGGGAUAAAGUAUGUAGUCAAUUGCACUGUGGAGUACCUCGAGGGUGGCGUACGCAACUACCACGAGGUUGAUCCUGAUUUUCGGUACUGCAGGAUCCCCCUGAGGGACAAUGAGCAGCAGAUAUUGGGAAUACCCUAUUUGAAGAAGGCUUGGGACUUCAUAGACGAUGCGCAUAAACAUGCCGAUGGGAACAUCCUCAUACAUUGUAUCAUGGGCCAGAGUCGUAGUGUGAUAGUGUUGGUGAGCUAUCUAAUGCGGCAUUUGGAUAUCGACUACGAGUCGGCUCUGAAGAUGGUGGUCGCGGUGCGUCCUAUGGCAGAACCCAAUUCUGCUUUUGAAAAGCAGUUGUUAGAGCAUGAUGCGAAUGGAGCUAUCAGGGGAGGCAAGCAGAGAGCAUAG